AAACCAGUAGGAUGCUUUUGCUAUAUUUCAUUACAUAGCCGGGGUUUUUUCCCUCACAUGUUGGGCUUUAGUCUUUCGCCUUUACAGUUCAGUUGCUGAAGAAGCUACCUUAUUUAUUCCACAGACUUUGGAGCGUUAGUCGUUCGACAAUUCUACUCAGUCAUGGGGAGCGGAGAAAGUAAAACCGAAACUCGGUACAAUUAUGUUGACCACACUGCAGAACGACAGGAAGAAGAAAGAGCGAGUGAGGAGAGCCGCCUUAGAAAUGAGCGCCACCAAAGAGAAAUCGCUGAAAAAAGAAGAAUCGAGAAAGAAAAGCUAGAAGCUGCAGAUAGGGCAAGGCAAGAGUUUUUGAAGACACAACAAGAGGAAGAACUAGCCGAAAGACAAGUAAAAUUUGAAGAAGAACGAAAAGAACAAGAAGAAAGAAUCAGGCAAAUAGAUCUUGAAGAACAAGCGACGUCCAAACGAAAAGGUUUAUUUGCUUACAAGUUUGGUGAGAAAACAAACUUAGCAAGCUUCCGUGGUUUGGACAUAAGUGAUGUGAAGAAGCUUCGCAUUGGUGUCUUUGGACCUACAGGAUCCGGCAAGAGCUGCUUUAUCAACACUUGCGUCAGGGCUGUCAAGCAAGUUGAUAAAGGACCGGUUACCAUUGGAACGUCAGGAGGCGAGGGAACUAUCAUCCUAGAGGAUUUUCUCACCGAUAUGUUCACCAAUCUUGUAGAUACCAGAGGUUUUUUCCACUAUGAUGCACAGGAAGGAGGCGAGUUCAGUGAUAUUUUGUAUGGCAGACUGAAGCCUGGAGAUGUGAUCUCAAGAAAGGGUGAUGAAAAGGAAUACAAUGUUGCUAAUGCAGAUACCCCGUUCAGCGAUUGGCUCCAUGGGAUUAUACUAGUGGUGAAGGCUAAUGAUCCUCGUCUGACGAAAGGAGAGUUGAGGACUUAUCUGAACCCUGUGCGACAAAUCCUAAGACCAAGAGGAUUGUCUCCAGUGACUGUAGUGACGCACAGAGACACCCUUCGCACCCAAGAGGACCGUAACAAUGCUCUCGAGUCAGCUUCAGCUGCUACGGGAAGCUCUCGCAGCCAUACUUUCUUUGUUGCCAACUACUGUCCAAAUAACCCUGGACCUAAUGUUGAAACUGAGCUGGAAAUCUUUGACAUCUUGCAUUUUGCAAUCCUGACUGCUGAGCGUUACGUAAAGAUAGCAAAACAGCAAAAAAAGAAUAAAGAGAUGGAUGAAAUCGAGAAAGCUCUGGGAAACGCGGAUAUUGGUGCUCCUACUGACAUAAAGAUAGUGUCCACGGCAUCCAUUGAAGUGUUUUUGGAUAUCUUACAACGCAAGUACAAAUGGAAAGAAGUGACCGUUAAGAAUGUGCUGAAAGAACUACGCGAGGAAGAUAUCUUGACAUUGAAAGCUUUAGCUGAUGCUUGGGAGGAGCCAUCGGUGCCGGCGAAAUUUCCACUGGGCAUGAGGAAAAUGGUUGAAAGCCACCUUAAAAGCAUGGACACGUAUUUUGAAUGAGUUAUAUAUUUGGUGUACUGAUUGGUAACAUGUUUUUCACAACGCUAAUGUCGCCAAUCAGCAUAGAGUGGGCGGACAGAAAGAAAAGGGUAAAACACGCCUAAAAAUCGUAACUUCAAGGAAAAAAAUAGAUUAAAAAUAUGAAAAUUAUGUUUGCCUCUGCUUUUUCGUUGUCUUAGGAUUUUAGCCCUAGCCUUGACAUAAUUCCUUAAAGCAACCAAUCAACUAUUGAACACCCGACGUCAGCACAACCAUGUAUAACCAGACAACACAAAAACCUUGUUUGUGGAGAUUCCAUUGGGGUUGGAGGAAUGUUGAGGGAUAUUAGUACCAACACCAAGAAAGCCUUUAAAACACUGAAUGUGACGAUGAAUGAAGUAGUUUGAAAAUGAUAAAGAUUUAAAAGGUACUUUUAGGAAUACAACUAGUUUUCUUAUUAAAUCCCGUGAAAUGGUUU